UCGCAGCCGCGAGCGGAGCAGCUGCAUCACAUCGGAGAGAUCUCAGUUUGCCGCGCGCCGUCGCGUUCGCACAGCUGAGCCAAGGGAGAAAGAGAACAGCGAGCAGUAUCGCAGUACAGCUUGUGUCCAGGAGGCCUGAAUUGUUCAGAGACAGAGAGCUGCCUCGGGGGCUAUGGCCACAAGGCGCUGAGCCCUCGGGGGGCGAUGCUCACCGCCUCCUCGACGCUCGCCGCCGCCGCCGCCGCCUCCUCCUCCUGCUCCUGCUCCUCGCCCUUGUCGCCGUCCUCGUCGUCGCCGCUCUUCGAGGAAUACGAGAGCAGUAGUGGCAGCAGCAGCAACAGCAGCAGCAGCAGCAGCAGCAGUCGAGUCCAGCCGCUGCCGCUGCAGUCCUGCAGCUGCGCCGCCGAAUCUCGCACUGACCUGCGCCCGACCACCGCCGCCAACAUGAUCGACGUGACGUGACACCCAGGACUCUCUUUCUCUCUUCCUUCUUCUCUCUGUCUCUCUCUCUCUCUCUCUCUCUCUCUCUCUCUCUCUCUCACUCUGUCCUUUAUCACCGUCUCUUUCACCCCGUCUGUCCUCGAAUCUUCCUUCAGUUCCGCCCCCGUGUGUGCAACGCAGUGUGAACGAGUGUCGCCGACGUAUAAGUUGUGGAUCAUUCGCGGUUUGUGCUGUUGAAAAGUGCCAGUUACACUAGCGGAUAAUCGUCAUCGGAAGAGGAGGAGUAGAAGAAGGAUCAACGUCGACGGAGCAGAGCUUUUUCAAGGGCUGGGGCAGAGAGGAACGGUGAUAGCCAGUCGUCCGGAAAGACGAAAAGGUGCGCGCGCGCAAGGCGGCUGCAACAGACAAGUACGAGCGAGAGCAGCAGCGGUAGCGGAUAGAAGGCAUCGAAGCGGAAAUCCGAGGAAAUCGCGCAAAAGCGCGAUCAAGCGAGCCUGAAGCGAUCGGGCGCUGCUGGCGUUAAAAAGGAAGCGCGCAAUAGAAGAAGAAGACGACGACGACGACGAAGAAGGCCGCGAAGCAGUUCCGCGGGGCCUCGUAGAGAAAAAAGAAAAACAUCCCCACCGAAGGAAGCGCGAGCUAAGGGAGGCUUGAUAGUAUGACGGUGAUGCUGCUGCAACGUUCCGCCACCCCGCAGUUGACGCAUAGCCAGAAGACAGCCGAGAACAAUAAUAGCAACGAGCCGCCGUUCCUAAUCCUCCUCGACAUUCAGGAGCACGCCGAGCUCGAUCGAGCGACCAGCGGCUACGACACUUACAACAACAACAAUAACAACAUCAACAACAGUAGCUCCGGGGACAAAUCAGACCGCAAAAACGUUGCAGUCAUUGGACGCAGCAGUACUUGUGGAUCAGCGUCGGCGUGCGGGGCAGGUGGAGGAGGCGGAAGCGGCGGCGGCUGGAACAAGUCGCCUGCUGGGACGAGCGGUGGUCGAGGUGGUCCGGCGCCGGGUAGCAUCGCGAUGCGAUACUACCGGCUGUGGAUCUACGCGUGUAACAUAGUACUGCUGGGCAGCGCGCUCGGUUUCGUCGCAGCGGUUGGCCGCGCGCUUGUCUUUUCCGGCGACCCACGACGCUACCUCGUCCCGGGUGUGCCAAGGGCCUACGACCCGACGGCUCUCUACGCCUACCUUGCUCUCGCCGUCCAGCUCGGCUUGGUCCAGCUGCUCGGCUGCAUAGCCGCGCGCCGACUCAGCGCCAAGCUCCUCAACGCCUACUGGGUGCUGUUGCUCGCUCUGCUCUUCGGGGACGCGGUCAUCGGAGUCGCCUGGGUCUUCAGGUUCGAAAGGAUGCGCGCCGAUCUCAGGCCCAACCUCAGGCUCAGGCUCCAGGUGGAGUACAGCAAAGACACGCGGUUCAGCGAGCAGUGGGACCAGCUGCAGCGAGAGUUCUACUGUUGCGGGGUGACGGGUCCACUGGACUUUGGCUCGAACUGGCCCCAGAGCUGCUGCUCGGCGGCGGCGUUGGCGGCAAACAGCCCGGCUGGCGGCGGCGGCGUCGUGACCAUGGAGUCCCUCGGCGUCAGCAAAACGGAACUGGAGAACGACGACAUCAGCGGCUUGAGCAGCGGCAGCAACAGUAGCGGCAACAGCAGUAGCGUCGCGAACGCGACCGGAGUCUCGACGGAGCCCUGCCAGGAACCGUACAGCCAGGGCUGCGAGGUCCAGCUGAUGCACUGGCUGAGAAAAACGGCGGACCUGCUCUUCGUGCUCGGCUUCUGCGUAAUAGCCUUCACGAAGCUCUGCUUUCUCGGUAUACUGCGCUACGAGAUACGCGAGAUGAUACAGAAGAUUCGGCUGCUACGCGAGCCGCCGCCUCCGACCGUGCCCUUCAUCCAGUCCUUUUGCCCGGGACAGCCACCGCCAGCGCCGCCACAGCAGCAACAGCAGCUGCAGCAGCAGCUCAUGGAGAUACCCAUGAACAACGGCAAUAUCGGUAGGAGGACUACCCUACCCAUCGUCACCGCCCACUCCACUUCCGGCACGACGUCGUUGUUCGUGCAGGCGGACGACUGUACAAACAGUAAGCAUCCUUUGCUGGCGAGCAGCUUGCAGGACGGCGGGGCGGACAGCGACACCAACAGCCACUGCGCUCUCAUCCUCGAGGAGUCGACGCCUCCGGCUCAGCACCACGCGACAGCCGCGAGUCGCGAGAAGAGCAACGGCAACAACAAUUACGAGAUGCGCGAGUUCAACAGGCGAUUACUAUUCUCCAGCAGUAACUCGACGACGACGGCGCCAACAACAGCACCUCUUUCAGCUACGGGAAACAACCCCCUCAGCUCGAGCGGUUCCACAUCGGGCCUCACCAGUUCGCAGCAGCAGCAGCAAUCCAGGCGCACCUGACUAUGGACGCUCUGGCGCUCGAACGAAGGCAGCUGCUUCAGGCCCAGAUCGUCGAGCGACGCCGCUGUUGCCGCCGCUGCCGCCUCGAGACUGCAAUCCGUCGCCGCCUACAACUGACCCGAGCGUUACUACGCGCGCGACCUGCGCUUCGUGUACGCGUGCAAGUGCGCCCUGGGCAGUCACUCGACGACCGAGCCACUGGACUCUAUUUAAAGAGUGCUCUAUAGCUACUAGAGUGUGAACUCUCCUCGUGCGCGCGCGAACAUCAGCUGUAUACUUUCAUACACACACACACACACACACACACACAAACACAUACACACACAACACACAUGGCACAUGCGCGCACACACAAACACAUACACACAGCUUGAGUGCGAAAAAGUCGACGACGCCGUCGUCGACAAGAACAACUAUUGUCCCUACGAGUGAACACUCGGUGAACGUGUACUGUACGUUUUUCCUUCUUUGAGAAUAAACACAUACAUACAUAAAUACACACACACGCGCGCGCGCGCAGACACAGGUAUAUAUAAGAAAUACAUACGAUUAAUCUAGACUAUAUUAUAGUGGAGAACAAAAGGCAGCAGCGUACUGCAGAGAUGAAGAUGGAAAUAUACAUGAAAAUUACCCACCGAACGAAUGUACACACACUGCCGGCUCAGUUUGCCCAAACGUCUACACAAUAGGUUUUGAGAGAACCGCUCAACUGCAUAGUUUUUGCGCACCGCGUGGCAGCUGCCCUCGCUCGCCCGCACAUGUUCUGUCAGAAUUUAUUUGUCGCCAGCGGCUGAGUUAAGGCGCGCGCGUUUCCCGAAGACUAUUAUAUUAUACAUAUAUACAUACGUACGUAUCCCUAAUGUUACAUUAUUAUUAUUAUACAUACAUUAUUAUGCAUUUGCGAUUAUACAGGGUGAGUGCAUCGGGCAGUGAUGACGCAAGCGCUCAUUUUUUACAAAAUACUCGUAUAUAUCUAUACCAACUCAGUACAUGUGCUUAUUAUUAAUUGCAUUUUCGGAGAGCACUCUGUUGCUGCUGCAUUAAUGGAUGAAUACUCGUAAAGCUUCUUACGAACUCACAUCAAUUUCACGCUCUCGUAGUCACACUUGAGGCACGCAGGUUCGCCUGAGUUCGCGGAUCGAUAAGCUGAAAGGGAUUUGCUUUUAUAUAUUUGUUCUCUUUCUCUCCUUCUUUCUCUCUCAUCGCCAAGAUUCAAAUUUAGCGAAUCGACGCAAUUGUUAAAAUAUGUGUCCUGCUUCGCGCGUCAUUUCUGACUGAUGCAUCUGUCCGUUACGGUCUUCUAUUAAUUUAACUAUGAACUUGUACAGUUGCGCUGGACUAUUAUGAUGUAAUCUAAGAUAGAUCGAGGCAGUUAGGAAGUUUUUGCUAUUUACUAGUAUAUGAACGUAUAACGCGCGGUAUAUAGGCUUGCUCGUUUUAUAGUUUCUCGCGUAUAGGUGCAACUUUUUAAGCAUUUUAAAGCCCGAGUUAUUUUAACUUGGUUAGAUAAAGCUUAAUGAGUUACAAAACAAAUUCUCAAAUGAACAGUCGCCGUUCGCGAUAAAUAUUUGCAUACUUCUGUUCGUGAUAUACAUACUACUGCGCCAUAUUUGUUAUAUUAAGACCACGAAAGUCGCUAAAAAAAAUACAUUUUCGCAUCGUCAUAAUGAACUAACUAGUUUGACGUUUCAAGAGGUUGAAGAUAUAUGUCUUUAAUUAUAUAAUACCGGCAACGGAAUUUAUACAACUGCAGGCCCUAUAGGUCUAUAUAGAACGUUCGCUUUUUAGGUUUUAAUUAGAGAUGAAUUGUUAAGUCGUACUCUAUAUACUAUAGCGUAUAUAUAUAUGAGGAGGGAAAAGGCAAGCUGAUAAAAGAAAAAUAAUCGUUUCGUUCCUUCGUUAUCAGCAUACGCUAAGUAUGUGACGCCACCAGAAAGAACCAAUUACGCCACGAAAUUAUGGCUCAAAAUCCGAAUUUAAUUUAGAGACGUGCCAAAAUCGAUGAAACUAUUCUUCACGUCGAAAUUCGUUCGUGUGUCGACAGGACGGACACAAGAGAUGAAAUCAAUGACAAUGAGUCGCUAUCGGUUUUUCUUCAUUAUAUUACAAUUCAAACGCUAAAACGAUAUCCCACUGCAGCUUCGAUUUCAAAUAACAGUGUUUUUCACGCUUAGAUUCUUUACAAAAUAAAAAAGCAGGUCAUAUUUUUCACAUAAAAAAUGUAAAUAUACUCAUUCUCACAAUCAAGAACACAAACACGCGAAACACAGUAGGGUAAAAAAAAAUCCAAAAAUACAACAAAAACAAAAGAACAUUAUAAUAUAAAGCGAUAAAUAAAAAUUUGUAGGGUCUUAAAGUUUAUCGACAAAAUAAAAAGCAACUUAAAAUUUUCCUUCCAUCACCGCAUAAUUAUAAUAUAAAAAGAAAACGAGGCCUGUAAUCGCCACCUCAAAUUAAACUACAAGAUUAAACCACCAUAAAAUAAAGUUUUGAAGGAUUUUUCUCAAAAUAACUGUAUGCGCCUUAUUCUAAAUAAUGGAUCCAUAAAACAUUGAAUUUCAUUAUUGACGACUACAUUGCAGAAGGCGACCGAAUCUCAUUCACAAAAAUAGUACAUUACGAUACGUGUGACUUAAAUGGUUCUUUUUUACACGGCGCAGUUAGCACCCGAGCGUAGCGAGCAAAUGUUCCUGUAAUACACAAAGUUACACACACACACACACACACACACACACACACCAUAUAUAUAUAUUACAUCUUUCAUCUCGAGAAGAAAAAAUUGAACAAAUGUACACGGAAGAUGCCAAUCUCCCAAUAUCUGCCGUUAUCUUUCCCUUUUUACAUCACGAGUUCGAAUACUGCGCAGAGACUUAGGUCCACGCGCAUCACGGAUAUAGAGUACUUGUGCUUUCACUUGGGAAGACUAUAUAGAAGAGGAAAAAAACGGAAGCAAAAAAGAGUCGCCUAGAUUUUUUUAACAAAAGCGCAUAUUUUUUGCGGCGAAUACUUUUUUCAGAUGUUGUAUACUCGACUUCAAAAGAAAAAAGAAGACUGCAGAAUCAACAAGGUUCGAAUAGUUGAACAGAAAAAACCACGACGGUUGUGUCCUCCUCGUAUGCUUUAGCGAAUUCACAAAGAUGCGUCUCUAUCGCCUUCGUGUAAAUGUCCUUGUUUUGUACAAGCUUUGUAAACUGAAUGGGAAAAUUUUACGAGAGAAUGAGAAAGAAGAAUGAAAUAUUGUCGGAGAGAUUGCAUGAGAGGAUGGCGGUAUAGCUCAGAGCGAAGCAAAGGCCGCAGAGAGAAAGAGAAGAACACGAAGAAGCGGAGGAAAAGGAGGACACGCGAAUUGGAUUAGCUUAGAUUGGAAGUACUGCAAAAAAGGAUAAGAAGAAGCGACCAAUGUUAUAACCGACCAAACAGUAGAGCGAUAAGAAAACUUUUUGCUACUCUCAGCUCUUGAAAGUAGCCUGGCUCUCCCUGAUUAUUCAGAUUGCGACGACACGACGAGGACCGAGCUUUCCACAGGAUUCGAUACAACGUAUAAUAUAUCCGCAUGUAUAAAUUUAUUUCACGCACAAACAGACGUCUAUGUUUUUGCCUACACGAUGGAAAUGAAAGAGAGGCAUCUCUCUCGACACAAACACACACGCGCGCACGCGCGUGCGCGUAGAAGAAGCUUCUCAUAAAAUGAAAACGCGAAAAUGUGGAUCUGCGAUUCGUGAUAUUACAAUGGAAUUUCUCUUCCGGCAUUCCUUCUAUUGUCGUGACCUCAGAGACAAAGCUUUGAAGAAUGUUGUGCAGCGCGGUUUUAUGUGCUUUCGUGAAAGAAAACAUUUAGUUUCCUAUGCACGCCAAGCAGUUUCAUUGUAUCCAUCGAUGCGACAUUAAAUAUAUUGCAGAGAUAGACUCGCGGCAAUUAUUCUAGACUUUUUUGACGAAAUUCGCUGAAAUAGCGAUAUUUUUCAGUUAUGUCACAUGCGGAUGAAAAAUGAACAUUGCUGCACACGCGCGCUCGCGCGCUGAUCACAAACACAGCACAUUCGACCUUUAGAAACGGUCAAUCUAGGUCAAGAUCAACAGAUUUUUCUAGCGCUUUUUCCACUCAAGAUAUCUAUACACCGUGGCUGCAUGAAUAUUUUAAUUUGAAAAAAUUGUUUUUCAUCGCACACACACACACACACACACAGAAGCGCAAAAACAUCCGACUAAUUUCCGCAUGGAAAAGCUAAAGCUCGGCUUAGCCGUGAAAUUCAAAUAUUCAUAAGAAAACAAAUUCGCGGUGUUUUGAAUAAUACAGUCAGUAGGAAAGAACGUUCAAUGGCCUAAAAGUUUUAAACUCGCACAAUAUUGUUUUAAUCUACUUACAAGCUAUAUAGGAUUUAUUAGGUUUAAAUAUAUGCGAGUCGCCGUAUAUAUUGUACAAGCUCGCUGCGUUACCAGCAGCAACAGUAGCACUAAUUUUCGUAAACGCAAUCAUCGCGUACUAUACUGCAGUAAUCCCUUUUCUAAUGCCCCAACAGCAGACGGAAAUAUUAAAGUGAAAUUCCCCACGUGCAAUUGCCUGCUUUACUUGCUUAUAGCAUAUAUAACAUACCAGCACGAACAUCUUAUUGGGGGUGCGAGUUAAUCAAAGUAACUCUCGGUGCAGGCUAUGCAGGGAAGCUCGCAAUCGUCGUGCAACCGACCUGAUCAGUCGCGAAUUAAAAUCACGAUGCGUAUAAAUUUCUUUUAGAGAUCCAUUUUUGAGUUUACUGUCGCUUGUUGCGUGCGGUGCUAAUUAAUAUUCAUUAUAUGGAUCGCGAUCAUUGUGUGUUUUUACGAUUCGAUUGUAAAUUAUUCUUCGCUUUUUUACUAUUCAAAUGCCUUUCUUCGUCUGACGAUCGUCAUACCAAUGAAUUACAGCAAAGAUCAAUAUGUUAAUUUAUAGAUAUCAGUCUAGUCGCAUAUACGAAAUUUUGUCAAAACAAGUGUAAGCUUUAACGUCAUGACAGUGCUGUAAUCACGUUGCGAUAAAUGUAUAGACCAGUCUGUCAUCGGCAUUUAUAAUUACAGAAAUGUGUGUCGCUGAAAAAGUUCAAGCAGCUAUUCAUUCGAUAGUCAGCUAUAUAAGUUUUCGACAAACAAACGCGUUGUGUGCAGGCACGCGCGCUGUGCUUUAAUGAUAAAUGAAGCUACGGGAAUUGAUCGCGCAAUAAUAACGGCCAUAUAACUGCUGCAGUGUAUAGGAAAAAAAAACUUUUCGAACAUUUUUCGCUGCUAAAACUGUCGUAAGCCUAUGGAUUAUUUUUACUAUGGCCAACCAAUCAUCCGAUAGUUAUAUACAUCGCACAGCGCUCACUUUACGGCCCGUGCGAACGGAAGCCCAAAAGAGAGCUGUAACAAAGAAAUAACCAGUCGGCGGUCUGUUACGCUUCGUAGUACUUGUGUGCAUGUGUGUUUGUGUGUGUCGAGGAAGACAGAGAGAAAUAUGGAGCACGUGCUCGAAACGCGCGGAGCGUAUACGUGUGCGUUCUGUCUGUAUCUGCGCCGGCGGCAGAGUCUAGCAUCAAUCGAUAUUGAUAUUAUCUUGCCGCUGCAGUAUAAGUUUUAGCGCAAGCAAGCGCGAGUAUAGUCUCUCGUAUUGAUUUAUGCCAUAGUCGAAACGCCGCCACCGUCGUUGCUGGUCUCUCUCUCUCUCUCUCUCUCUCUCUCUCUCUCUCUCUCUCUCUCUCUCUCUCUCUCUCUCUCUCGUCACCACCACACCCCGCACCCUCCUCGUCCUAUAGGCUACACAGCAUCCCCCACCAGUGCUAGCUCUUUCUCUUUCCCUCCCAGCUCUCUGGUCUAAAAUCUGUCUGUAUGUAUUGUUGUCCUCUUCAAGCUGCUAUAUGCAUAUAUGGUGCGGUAUACGAAAGAUGAAUCAGGGGCUAUAACUUUGUUUCGAUUGAUCAACGGCGCGCGUAAUUCGUGUCAGGGGUAGUAGUUGAGACAUAUGAAUGUGAUAAUGCAAGAGAUGUCUAACGUCCUACUCUCGUAUACGCCCAAUGAGAUCUUCGCUCUUGAAUUUUUUACGAGUGACUCGGUUCGCAACUGUUACUUAUAAGUGUAUAUAUACAUGCGCAUGAUGCCUACAAACAGAGAGAGGGAAAAAGAAUUUCGGGGGAGAAUAAAAUCCGAAGCAAAAGUUCAAGUUUAGGUAGGCUCUCGUCGCAAGCUCUGAAGGAUCUACCCAGCGGCUGUGUAUUUAAUGCACACACAGGGGCCAGUCAUGUAUACUACCUACACAGGUGUAUACCCUGCGGAGCCUCGGGCCGCGAAGACAAUGAGCUUUUAAAGAGGCUAAAGAGGCCCUUGAACGAGCUUCUCUUGUCACCACAGGUCGCCAUCUCGACCACCUAUACUCUUAUAUUCUCCGUGUGUGAUCAGUGAUGCAAGCAGCCGGCGCGGGCAAGGAAAUAGGAUGAAAUAGAUUUACCGAGAGAGGGACAGGGGCAGAGCUGAAAAGGGGGCAAAAACGAAUAGUCGAUCAAUGCGAGAGCCGCCGGCUGCACGAGAGAGCGAGCUUCCCUCCUUAUGCCUCGCGUGGCCGUAGGUGUGUGUGUGUGUGUAUGUGUAUAUAUAUAUAUUGUAUAUAGUCGUUCAACUGCUGCAGCAGCCGCUGCGUACUAUGCAACUCGAGAUUGGAAAGUCAAUGAGGCGUUUGACGAAUAUGGCCGUAGGUGUACGCAUAUAUAUAUAUAUACACACACACACGCACACACACACAGACAUAUACACACCUACCAUCAACAGCGCAGCCGAGCUUUUUCUCUUAUUAACCAAUGCCGCGGCGACAACACACAUAGUUUUGACUUAUACACACGCUUGUAUAUAAGUUUUGUAUAGAUGCAUUUGCUGAAAGACUCGCUUGCUCAUUCAAGUUCACGCUGUGCUCGGAUGUAGAGAAAACGCGAAAACUAUAUAGGAGAAUUAAUCUAUAUGCAUGUAGAUACGUAACACUGUUACCGAUUACUAUGUACGAUCAUCAGGGGAAGUGCGUGCAAAUUGCGUCGUAUUAAUUAUUCUUCAAUUAUUCAAUGUACAUUAUACUUGUUGUAACAUUUGGUUGGAAAAUAAUAAUCGGCGGUUUCGUGUAAUAUACAUAUAAGUUUUUUUAGAUAGCUCAUAGAAUUUGUAUAGGAUAUUUUAAAAUUACACAAACGGAUCACGUGACAAAAUUCUUAAACCUACUUUUGUAUUGUCUAAAUUUUUUAAUUAAACUUUUGAUCAAAAACAAAUCGUAUAAGAUAAAAAAAUUGUUGAGAGCUGUAUGGCAUGUUAUAUAAAAGAAAUUUAAAAGAAAGACUCGAAUGAAUUGUAAAACUCUUAUUUUUUACGCUAUAUUUUUAUGGUUUUUCUUUGUUUGGAAUAAAAUUAAUCGCGCGUCGACGAGUGGAUAAAAUAAACGAAACCAUAAGAAAAUACGCAGAAGAGAUGAUACUCUGAUUCGUUAACUAAAUAUGAGACAACUAUAACUGAGGGCCAAAUGAACGUUCGUGCAAAAAAUAAACCAUAACACACUACCAUCUACUAAUGAAAUAUCUAAGAAUAAAAUGACCCUAAAAUAGUUGCCAAUUACUCGUCCUUAGAAAACAACGAAUAACAAAGAUAUACACACACGAAACCUUUUAAGUUAACGAAACGUGAAACUCUUAUGCAUUAUCUUGAAAAAUGAAAAAGCGACGAAGGCGUGACUCUAGCAGACACUCACCUGAACUUCUAAUCUAUAGACGCUAUCAUAGACUACGCAAUUUUCCCUGAUUAUAUGAUACACAAAUACUGACAAAUAAUUUGCGCUUGUUACUGGAUAAAUGGGAACAAAUAGAAUUAUGUACGACAAGAGAAAAAUAUACGUUCCAGAAAUAUGAAUAUUUGUAUAUACAAUUUAAUUAAAGGAAAUAUCAUCAGUUGAAGAGAUUCUGUUGAUCAACUUAAUGUAAAUAUAUAUAUAUAUAUAUAUACCUAUUAUUCAUAAAUUUAUGUUGCUUUAAUAUUUAUAACUCAGUUCCUUUAUCCCUGAUAUUACAAAAAUGUAAAAUUUGAUCAUGAAUUUGUUUAUUUUGCAAGUCUUGCUUAUAGCAUUUGAAUGAAAUAUCUUUCUUUAACAAAACAGUAACCGCUCAAUGAGAUACGAACGCUCAUUGCGUUUACAGUCGAAUAAAAAUGCUAUUGUUAAUUUAACAUCUGAAACAAAAUGAUACUAUUUGAUUUUUCAAUUUUCGCAAAACAGUGCAUAAUUUAUGUAUGUAUAUAUAUACACACACACACACAUACAAUCUUUUAUACUGUGUUUAUUAUAAAUAUUUCUUACGAGGAAUGUAAUAAAGUGUAAUAACAUUUUCAAGCAUUGAAAUUGCAGGCAAUCAUUAAGUCAGCAAACUAUAGAUUAACUAUAAUAAAAUAAGCAUCGCAAAAUAUGAUUGAAAACAACAUGAAUUAGUAUUACAAAUAUAUGCGUCCAACAGCUUACACCUCGCAGCUUUACAAUAUAAUACAGGAUCUUCUAAACACUAAUAAUUUAUUAUCACACGAGCAUGCAAAAAAAAAUAGUAUAUUGUGCAACUGGGGGGGGGGGGAAGGGCGACUU